GUUAUUGUGGGUUAUCGUUGCUAGCCGAACGGAACUCAUGCACGGCAUGAGGAAUAAAGCACUCCAAUGAACUCCCAGACUAACUGGUGAUAAUUAUAGACAAGUAAAAAGUCAGAACAGUGAUAAGUAAACGAGUGUGGAGCAACGGUCCUGAUAGCUACAGAAGUUUACACAAACCAAAGUGUGUCGAGGACUGCAAUCGUUUCAUGGGAGGAGUAGAUCUCGGAGGUCAACACUGCUUAUGUUUUUGUUAGCAACACCGUGCAAUUAAGCGGUACUAUCGGUUGUUCCACCAUAUCCGAGUGGUCGCAUUUGUGAACGCUCAUAUAUUGCACAAGUAAUGUCAACAUGGCAACGCUGUUGCAUCAAAGAAUCCAGAGGCCACAGGAGAUUUUUUCCACCACCCCGAGCACAUCCAACCAGAUACAGCCCGUCCCUGUAUGCAUUGCUUGCGGGAGAACGUUUCCAGACAAAGGGUCUUUGGAGGACCAUGCAUGCCCCGCAGCCAGCUUCAUCUGCAACUGUGGAGUGGGGUUCACUGAUUACGAGGCGAUGUGCUACCAUCGUAAUGGUCACAGUGACACAUACCCUUUCCAGUCGAAUCAUGUCAGCCUUGUGAAGCACAGAGUGCAAGAUGCCCGGCUGCGGGAGAUGAAGCUGAGGAAGCUGAGGAUGCUUCGGAGCAUCGAUCGGAAGCAGCAGAAGAAGCUGCGACCAGCACAGAACCCUAGCUUGUCUAUGGCCUUUGCAGCACUGAGGAAACCUGCACCACCUGUGACCCCUGCCUUUAUUAAUGUACCUCUUUUGGCCGCUCACACGUCAUAUGUGUCCCCUGUUACAAUUCGAAUCACCUCUCCCGCGUCCUCCUUGGCUUCCGUGACUCCUCCCGACUCCUCUUCAAAAACCAUGCCCUCUACAGCGCUUCCUGAGCAACCUAGAACCCCGGUUGUUCCCAAGCUUGGGGCCACCGUGAAUCUUAAUUGGAAAUUUCAACCAGUUGUGCUACUUAGAACCAAAAGGAAGUUCCUUGCCAGGGCCCGACAUAUGUGCGCGACCUGCAUGGCCACUUUCAGGGCCAAGAAAAAUCUAAUGGAACAUGUUGCUUCUCAUUCCUUUACAUAUGUUUACGGCUGCUUGCGUUGUGGCCUCCUGCUGCUCGAUACCACUUCUCCUUCCUACCAACACUACUGUGGUCGGCAUUACGCAAGCCGCAGAGACAGAUUCACAACAGGGUGCUUCACAACAAGGUGCUUCAUUGGUGAUUUAGCUGUUAUUGACCAAAAACAAGAGAACUUAUUACGGUGUCCACAUUGUGCUGCAACUUAUUAUCAACCGUGGCAGUUGAACCUACAUCUAAAGCUAGCGCAUCGGAGCAGAAAUGUGCUUUGUUCACCACAGACUGUAAUGAAUAAAGGACUAACAGAAUCGAUAACACAAAAGGCUGUGGCAUCAGUGACACGUGGACAGGUGAUCGUGAAGUCUCGGGAACCUGAAGAAAAGAAAACUGAAGUGCUAGGAAUGAAAGUGAUCAAUGGAAUGGUGAAACACACGGAGCCUCAGCCGGAUGGGAAGGUGCUUCAUCGAACAGUGGAAGAUGUGAUGAAAACUGGGGGAGGGGAGCCAGAAGCACUUUUGGAGAUGAUCACACAUGUAACAGGGGGAAGUGUGGCUGAGGGAAGACUGAUGGAGGUGGCACGGGGAUUAGAAGAUUUAAAGCAAGAAAGGAGGGAGCUGGAAACUGAGACAGAAAAAUGCACUCUGAAUCAGUUGAGGUGCGUGAUCUGUGGCAAGAAUCUCAGAACAGCACAGAUGCUUGGGCGGCACUGCUGCAAGAGAAAAGUGACAUUGUUGAGGCCGGACAAACUGCAGAGUAGGGAUCUCAAGUUCAAAGAUGGUUACAGAGGUUCGCUUAGUGGGUCAGCCCCUUGCUCUAUGGCGGCGAGAGAAUCGGAUGGGAUGGUGACACUCCAACUACAGACUUCCCAUAACACAGAGAUAUGUGAACCAGUGCUUAAGAAUAUGAAAGAAGAGCCCACUGAGUUGAGUUGCACUGGUUUGUUUAAUUCGGUUGCUGUGCAAACUAAAGCAGAGUUUGAUGAUGGGAGUUACGAUGCAGCAAUAAAUCCCUCAAUUACUAAUCAUUUCCCCACCAACGUUUGACUCUUGGGGAGGAGAUUGAGGCCAUCAAAAGAUCAUUUGGAAAUGAUACUCUGCAGAGUGUAAUGAAUGUCCAAACAUUUGAUGGAGACUUACAAUCUGUAUUACAGAAAGUAAAUGCCUCAUAAUAUCUAAAGUCGUUUACAUGGUUUGCUGCAAAUAUUUACAGUAGUAGACUCAGUAUAAUUUAUCUGAAUAUUGUAACAAUUUUGCCAAAAUGUUUCAAAAGUUCAAUGUUUCUUUUUGACAUGCAAGAUUACAAUGCAAACAUAGAUGCAAGAUUACAAUGCAAACAUAGAUUUUCUGGAAACAUUGUGUGUUUCUAGGUUGGUUAUGCUUGAAGAGUUUCGGAUCCAUUAUAGGGGAAAACACUUUUUGUACUGAACAUGCAACAUGCAUUUUAUUUUUUGAGUGGGGAAGGGGCGUGAAGUGGGUCAUUGUAGAAUACCAGCUAUGACAUUUGUUAUGCAAGAUUGCACUGCUUUUUGCCAGACAGUGUCAGUCUGACAGAUACAGUACAGGCUCAUCUCUUGGUACAACUGUUGUAGUUGAUUUAGAAAAUUAAAUGACAUUGCACUUACAUUUUUUUAAAUGUAUUAUGUGAUUCUUUUAUGAAUUUGUUUUUGGAUUCCGUUAUGACAGAAAAUAUCAGUACGAGGUACUGUUUGGUGUUUGUGAACAUGAAGGGACUUGACCCAUUUAGGAAUGAAACUUCCGUUUAAAUAAAAUACAUACAUGUUGUCAAA